CUUGACGACAACAUAUACCACUGCAUCACACAAGCCUUCUUCGUCUGGUACGAUUUAGACUUUGAUAUCAUCUAUACUCUCUUUCAGAAUGUUCUCCAAGCUUUUCACCAUCACUGCGCUGGCUACGGCCGCCAGUGCCCACGUGAAGAUGUCCAACCCCGUCCCCUACGGCGCGUCGACUCUGGACAACUCUCCUCUGGACGCCACUGGCCUCAAUUUCCCUUGCAAGGUCGGAUCUGGGUUUCCCGCUACCUACAACCUCGAGGGUGCCAGCAACGUCUAUGCUCAAGGCAGCACUCAGCAGCUCGCGUUUAUUGGAAGCGCUGUUCACGGCGGUGGUUCUUGCCAGGUCUCUGUCACUACUGACGCUCAGCCCGACAAGAACUCUGUCUGGAAGGUCAUCAAGUCCAUCGAGGGUGGCUGCCCUGCACAAGACCAAGUCGGCAACAUGGGCGAUGACGCCGCUGCCAUCGAUCCCUACAAGUACAACUUCACCAUCCCCAAGGAGCUGGAGGCUGGCAACUACACCCUUGCCUGGACUUGGUUCAACAAGGUCGGCAACCGUGAGAUGUACAUGAACUGCGCUCCCUUGACCGUCACUGGAUCAGGCGGCUCCGCGGACUUCCUCAACACGCUCCCCGACAUGUUCGUUGCCAACAUCUUCGGCGACGAGAAGUGCAACACCCAGAACGAUAAAGACCUUGAGUUCCCCCAGCCUGGAACGGACGUCGUCAAGAUGAACGGAGCAACGGAGGCCUUUGCUCCCGCAACGUUCACACAAUUCUGCCCAGUCGGCUUUGGUAGCACUGCCAGUGUCCCUGCUGCCACUGCUGCCCCCCAGCCGACCUCUGCCGAGGCUCAACCUUCGAGCGUUGCCGGCGGCGCCCCUGCUCCCACCCCCUCUGCCGCUCCUGCUCCUGCCACCCCUAGCUCCGGCUCCGGCUCCGGCUCCAGCGGUGCUUUUGCCGCUGGAACUGCCUGUUCCUCCGAGGGCCAGUGGAACUGCAUUGGCGGAAGUCAGUUCCAGCGCUGCGCCAGUGGAGCUUGGUCUGCUGUUCAGCCCCUGGCUGCUGGCACUCAGUGUGAGGCCGGACAGGCCGAUAACCUCAAGAUGGUCACCAAGCGAGGCAAGAGGUCGAUGCGCCGUGCUAAGCGUUCGUAAAUGUGCGUGACGCGCCGC